AUGAAGUCGACUCUUCUUGCGUCUGACUUCCCGCCUCUUUCUUCUGUUGCUGCUGUGGCCCCAGCUCCUUUGCGGAACUGGAAUCAAAUCUUCGCCCCCGAUAUUAGCUCUUCUUCUUCUAAGGCCUUUAGCUUCUCGCAUCAUCCAUCCGAACCUGAAAUUAUUCCUUUUUCUGGUGAGAAACUUGCUCUUGGGGGUGAGGACCGGAGUCUAUGUCUUGUUGGUUAUUCAAUAGGGCGUAGACCAUACUAUGAAGCUUUGUUAGGUGCUUUCAACAGAACUUGGGUUCUGAAAGGCUCCCUCAAGCUUCUUUCCCUCAGUGAUGGUUUCUUCUUACUUAAGGCUUCCUAUCUUGAUGUUAUUAAAGUUUCUCUUGAUGGGGAUGUUAUUGAUUUAAGGGUGCUAUAUGAAUGGCGUCCUAUUCCUUGUGAGCAUUGCAAGUCCUUGGUGCAUUACUCUUCCUCUUGCCCGCAGAAUCCAAAUCCUGUCAUUAAUGAUCCUACGACUUCAAAACAAAUCGGGCGUGGUAGGAGUUUCAGCAAGAAGCCCAGUAACCGACUUCACUCCCGUUCUAGGCCUCCUCGUUCUGAGGCAAUAAAUUCAGGUGUUUCUAAAACUGUAGCCCUUUCUACAGCUAAUACUAUUUCUGUGCAUACUAAUAACAAUACUGUUAUUCCUCCCAUUGGUGAUUCUGUAUUAGUUGGUAUCUCUUCUGAUGCCAUUAAUGCUACUAUUCCUAAUUUAAAUAUCCCCACCGAAGAACUGUCCUCUUCAUCUACCUCCAAUCUACCUUCAACUCUGAAAGCUUCCACUAGAAUUAAUUCCCCGAAUAAAUUUCAGAUCUUAAGCAAUCAAAGUGACACGGAUUUGCUUGAGAUUGAGGCUUCCAAUGCUGAUAUUGUUAAUAAUGCUUAUAAGCAACCGGGUAAGGGGAAAAAACAAGCUACUUUUGAAGUCACUAAGAAAACUGCUAAGGGGAAGCAGGAUAUGCUCUGUCUUUUGGAAACCCGUGUUCAUGCCUCCUCCCUUCUGGAUCCGUUUUUCGAUUCUUCUCACCGGCUUUUUUCUAAUGAAGACAGUUUUCAUAACUUUAAUCUUGCUUCCUCUGGUAGGAUAUGGAUUAAGUGGGAUGCUAGCAAACUCAGUUUUAGUCCCUCUCUUGUUACCUCUCAACUGAUAAAUGGGACUGUUUCGGUUGGCAAUUCUCCCCCUUUCCAAUUUUCUAUUGUCUAUGCUGCUAAUAAUGCUCUUGAUAGGAAAGAGCUCUGGUCUUCUUUAUGUGCGGCUGCGCCUUCUGGUAACACUCCUUGGGCAGUAAUUGGGGACUUCAAUUGCUGCUGUUAUGCCUCAGAUAAGUCGGGAGGUUUGCCUCUUCAUCAUUCUAACUUGGUGGAUAUUAACAACAUGAUUUUUGUUAAUAAGCUGGUGGAUUUGAACGCGGUUGGUAGCCUUUACUCUUGGUAUAAUCAGCAAACUGCCAAUCCUAUUUUUAUAAAACUUGACAGAGCUCUUGUUAAUGAGGAUUGGAUUAAGAAUUUCCCUAAUUCUUUUAGUUCAUUUCAAACAUCUUGUUCAGAUCACUCCCCGAUUAUUCUGCAUCCGGGAUUGACUUUUCAUGCUCAUCACAAAUUUCUUUUUAAGAACUUUUGGACUAAUAACGACAGAUAUUGGGUGUAUCUUCUUAAUGCUUUUUCGUUGCCUAUGAUUGGUAACCCCUUAUCCCACCUCUGUUUUGUUUUUAGGCAAUUAAAAGGGGAAAUCAAAAACCAUAAUUGGGCUAACUCCCAAUCUCUAUCUGCUCAAUUGGAGGUUCUUCAUGCUGAUCAACUUAACUUCCUUCAACAAAUUCAAAUAAACCCUCUGGACUUGUCUCUGGUGGCUUCCCUUAAAGAGACUAAUCUCAAAAUUGCUGAGGUUUCCUCUUCCCUCGCUAGCUGGGUUAUCCAAAGGGCCAAAAUUAAUUGGUUACAUCAUGGUGAAGAUGAUCUUAAAUUCCUAUAUGGGAAGAUCAGGUGUAGGCAGGGAAGUUCUAAGUUGGUGGCCAAUUUGUUUUCCUGUAAUUCUGAUUUAUCUAGAGAGGAGGUUUUGAAUUCCAUCAUUCGUUACUUUCACAAUCUGUUUAAUCCUCCCUCUCCUCCUUGUCAGGAUGUAAAUUUAAUUCCAGUUGGUGCUGUUCUUCCUGAUUUUUCUGGUAACUUGCUUACUAUGCCUAUUCUUGAAGCUGAGAUCAGGGAGGCUAUUUUCAAGGGAUCCUCAAAAUCUUCUCCGAGGCCAGAUGGUUUUAAUUAUCAUUUUUACAAGUCUGGUUGGCAUAUUAUUGGGCCUACGGUGUGCAAAGCUAUCAAUGCUUUCUUUUCUAAAAGUUACCUUCCUAGUGGGAUAAAAGCUACUGCCUUAGCUAUUAUUCCUAAACAUUGCAAUGCUUCUUCUAUCACUGAUUAUAGGCCUAUUUCAUUAUGCAAUACUUUAUUUAAAAUCAUUGCUAAAGUUAUUGCAGGAAGACUAAAAUCGAUGAUGCCUAGUAUUGUUAAAGAUUCACAAGCCGGUUUUGUUAAAUCUCGGAAUUCUACUGAUAAUAUAUUGCUUGCCAAUGAUAUCUUAUCAUUGAUUAACAAAAAAGGGGUAGACAACAUUUUUUGUGCAAAAAUUGAUAUCAAGAAAGGUUUUGAUUCUGUUUCUAGGGAAUUUUUACUUGCUAGGCUAUUACAUAAAGGUUUCCCUAAAACUUUUAUUUCCUGGAUUAAGGCCUGUAUUACUAAUGUGAAUUUCUCUAUGGUAAUUGAUGGGUCUUUGGAAGGCUACUUCCCGUCUUCUGCGGGACUUAGGCAGGGUUGUCCCUUAAGUCCUUACCUUUUCUGUAUUGUAAUGGAUGCCUUUUCUAACCUUCUAGAGGCUAGAGGUUUUAAAGGAUUUAAUGCUGAUAACUUCCAUCUCUCUCAUCUUUUAUAUGCUGAUGAUGUUCUUAUCUUUGGGGAAGCUACCAUUGAGAAUUGUUCUCUUCUUUCUUCUAUUCUUGAUGAAUUUGCACAAGUAUCGGGUCUUCAUGUGAAUUACGAUAAAUGCUCUGUGAUGUUUUCAAAGAAUCAAAGGAAUCAGAACUCAUUGUGCCAAGCUUUAUCUAUUUCUCAAAUUACUUCCAAGAUCUCCUAUCUUGGAAUUCCUAUUUCUUUUAAUAGAUUGAGAGUGGCUGAUUAUCUUCCUUUGAUGGAUAGUAUUCAUAACAAAUUUGAUGGUUGGAAGGCUAACCUUCUUUCAUUUGCGGGCAGACUACAAUAUCUAAAGUUUACCAUUCAGAACACCAUUGCCUAUUGGAUAAGAGGUUCUAUAUUACCUAAAACUGUUUUUAAGUUUUUCAAGAAAACCUAUUCUAGGUUCCUUUUUUUUGGUGAUAUUACUUGCUCCAAUAAGCUUCAUAUGGUAUCCUGGGAUAAUGUUUGCAAGCCUAAAGAUAAAGGUGGUUUAGGUAUUCCCUCUUUAAGUGCUAUUCAAUUUGCUUUCAACUGCACUAUCAUUUACAUGAUGUAUAAUAGUCACUCCCCUCUGUCCAAUUGGUUGUCUACCCGUUACAGCUCCCCGUGGAAACCCCCGUCUCCUCAAGCAAGUAAAUUCUGGAUAUCUAUAUGUAAUACUGCUGCUCUUGUGAAGGCAAAUUUCAAGUUUAUUAUCACUCCAACUGCUCCUAUUGCUUUGCAUUGGGAUCAUUUGUGUGAUAAUAAUACUCUAUUGGAUAAAUUUGGUAGAGAAUCUCUGGACUGUUUUUCUCUGCCUUUGGUUAAGCAUUAUAUUGUAUCUGGGGGUUGGAAUUUGGCGGUGAACAUUCCUAAUUCCAUAUGUGACUAUAUCUCUAGAAUUCUCAUUAUUAACUCCUCGGGUCCUUGUUUAAUUUGGAAGGAUAUGGCUAAGGUGAAAUUCAGUGAAUUUUUGGAGGAAUUUUACUGUUCUCUGGCUUCUUGUUCUUGGCAUUCUCUGGUUUGGCAUCAGAAGCAUGUUCUUAAACACUCUGUCUUUGUCUGGCUUGCUCUUGUAGUUGGUUUAAAAACCCAAGAUGCUUUAAGGCUUCGAAAUAUACAUGUGCCGUUAACUUGUUCCCUGUGUCAAGUUGAGCCGGAAACUGUAAAUCAUCUCUUCUUUGAAUGCCCUUUCGCUUUCUCUGUUCUCUCCUCUCUUAUUCCUGCCUCUAGUGAAUUUUUGCUUAGGCCAACUGUGUUACAAUUUUUGCAAUGGUUGGAUUCUGAUUUUGUGGGUACUACUUUGCUCAAAAACUAUUUUAAGAUGGUGUGGCUGCUGGUUGCCUGGGUGGAUUAUUUUAGCCAGGACAAUGUUGAAGCUCCGACUGUUGAGAUAUGA